UAAGGCUGCCAACGCAUCGCUGACUAACAGAUCCCUGAGUCUGACGUCUGCCUGGCAGGGUAGAAUGUGGUAUGCCAUCAGCCUGGAUCGCCACUACACAGAGCCGCCUAUCGGACCAUUGCUGUACUUAUUGACUGAUCUUUCAGAAGACACUACCUCUGACAUCGCAUUCUGUGUGCACACCCGGUUGAAGAUCCAAAAUGGCCCAAGAUACACACGAUGCUGCUGCUGCAAGCUCCACAGCGUUUGCGCGGGCGCUCGAAGAAUAUAUUAACAAACCACGAUCAUCCAAGAGCAAGACCCCCCCAUUUAUCCAGAAGCUACAGGAACAGCAACGGUCGGGGGUCCCUCUCACUGGAGAUGUGAUCAAAGAAGACAUCGUUCAGUUGGAGCGCCGGGCGGAGGAUCGCACAGCCGCUCGCGCAGCUCGUAAGAUCUUGAAGCCGGUGGUACAAGUGCUGAGUACUUACUCAGGGCUGGUCGACUCGCUCGUUUCCGCAGACCCGAUGCCCACCGCCAUAAUAUGGGGCUGCCUAAGAGCGGUCAUCGACUGCUCCCAGCGGUUUCUCGAAUUAUAUGAGAAGAUUUCCGAUCAGAUCAAACAACUGAACACGCAUCUCGCCAUUCUCACCGAAUAUGAGGAACUAUUUGACCACUCUGCCACCAUGCGGGAGCUGUUGCAGACCUCCUACAUUGACAUUAUUCGAUUCUGGCGGCGAGUCGAUAAGGAAUGUAAUCGCUGCGUGGCUAAUCGCGCAUUCCGAGCGAUGACUAGUUUCAGCGUCGACAAACUCAAUGGGAUCAUCACCAGCAUCGGGAAUACAGCAGACAGCAUGAGCCAACUGGUACCGGCCGUUCAAGAGCGCGUGGAACGAGGCGAGAGGGAGAACGCAGCCGAAGAGCGCCGACUGGCUGGGAUCGCCCGUGAAGAACAAGCAGUGUUCUUCCAAAUGAUGGCCGAAGAGAUGGAAAAGCGGAAAGAGGAAAGGAAAAUCCAGAGGCAGGAAGAUGUGCGAACGUGGCUGCGGGAUGGGACCUUGCCGCUCAAUGGGAGCAAUUUUCGCCAUCGCGACAAUAAGCUCGCCCAACGAAGCCCACAUACGUGUGAGUGGCUCUUCGAGCACGCAACCCUGAAGGAAUGGAUGGAUAGCAGCAACCCGGCUUCUCAGUUGUGGGUCAAGGCCUCUCCAGGAGCCGGGAAAUCUGUCUUGACUGCGUAUGCGGCUGAGAAAAUGAAAGCCACCAGUUCAGACAACGCUGCUGUCAUCUACCAUUACUUCACCUUUGAUGAAGAGUUCCCUGCUUUACUAGUGUAUCGAUGUCUUGCAGAGCAGCUUGUGAAUCGACUGGGGAAACAGACCGGGGACAUGCCCAAGGAGAUCCACAGAUUCACACAGGAAGGAGCCACAACAGCCAACGUCGAAGAUGUCAAGCAAGUGAUUAAAAUGCUCUUCGAAGAGAUGGGUGUGACGUAUCUCUUCCUGGAUGGACUUGACGAAGAGUGCGAAACGGAUAGCAGGAAGCAGGAGCUGUGCAAAGUGCUGGAGUUCUUUGGAGAAUUGGCUCGUACAGCUCCCCGCCUGCGUAUCUGGUACAGCUCUCAGCAUCGCACCUGUCUCGACUCUUGUCUCAAGAGCCUCCCAUCGAUCGAGAUUACCAAAGAUCUGAACAGCCGUGACAUAGAGCGAUACUUGUCGCAAAAGAUCACAGAGUUGGACAGUCUCGAGUUGGAUGCCGGAUACCUCAAAUUGAUUCUCGGGGAUCUACGAGAGAGAGCCGAUGGAUGCUUCCUGUGGGCUUCCCUCAUGUUGGACUCCAUGUCGGAUGCUGUGACGCUACAGAUGAUCCAGCGACUUAUUGAGAAUGGUCUCCCGGAAAAUUAUGAAAAGUACUAUCAAAGGAAGAUUGACAGCAUCCAGCCUUCUCUCAGGGAGUUUGUUUCAAUCAUUCUAUCGUGUAUCGUGCACGCAAAACGACCUCUACGCUUGGAUGAGCUAUGUGAAUGUACCGCGAUGGUAAAAGGCCAAGAAGGACAGAAUAUCGAUAAAAGCCAAAAGAUCCUCAAAAAGGGCAAGGUUCUGGAGUUGUGCCAGCCUCUUGUGCAAGUCCAUGAGACCGACGGACCAGAUGGACAGAUUUCGAUCUGUACUCUGACCCACGGCUCUGUCAAGAGCUUCUUGUUGAAGAACCCUGAGAUCCUCACUCCCAACUCGAACCCCCCAGCAUACGCUCUCACGAAUAAUGUGUUGGCAGAUAUUUGCCAGAAGUAUCUCUUACAGCCCCGUUAUCGCCAGAUACUUGUGCAGAAAGGAGAGACGUUUGUCGACUCUGAUGGUGACGACAUUCUGAGCCACCACCUUCUGUCUUAUGCGGCCAAGUACUGGGACAAACACUUGGAUAACAUCGAAUACUCGCCGGAGUUCUGCCAGAAAGCAUCGACGUUCAUCACUAGCCCCCAAUUCUUUACCUUGUUGCAGAUACAGAGUUUAUUUAUUGACGGCCAGUUUCGCUUUUGGUACAAUAGCUUACGUCCCUGGGCUGGGAGGCAUAUCAAGCGUGUAUUUCCUCAUUGGCUGGAUCAGAACUCCAAUGAGACGUUUUCAGCUGACUACGGCACUUUUGUUGGGGAAUGGGGACCUCUGCUGGAUGGUCAGACCAGCCUCAUGGAUCCCCACAGAGGAGAAAUUGACCGAUGUUUCUUUGGGGCAUUGGGGUCUGACAAUCACCUCCACAAGGGACCUAGUCGAUAUAAAAGCCUGUUGUUUUCGAGUACUGAUGAUGCGUCGAUGAAUCCCAUUCGAUGCUUCGAAGGAGUUGACGAGACAGGAAAAUGGCUGACGGUUAUGAAACUUCUCAAAGUGGAUCAUGACAGACUCGAGUUUCGCUGCGAGCAUUGGCGUCUGAAUGGUCGUCAAUCCGAGCUUCACAAAGCACAGACGCUGUAUGCAUCCUCCUCGUCCUGGCCUCUGUAUGAAUAUCCCGUGUCAGAGAAUAUACUCGGUCGACCUCGCCUGGUUUCAUUUACCAAAGACUUGCAAUUUAUGCGUGUUGGAUCUCAAGUGUUCAUUAGAGUUGAUCAUAAAUACGCGCCUCUUCCUGCAAUCAAUCCCGAUGAAGACUAUUUUGAUGAGAUGGCCGGCGGCUGCCAAUUCAUCGCGGUGUCAACAAGACGACCAAUAUACAAGUCUGACAUCAAGAUCCCAGAUCAAGUCACCGGCGAAGUCAAGAUUCUCGACUAUGCAGAAAUUGCAAUACGGGAAUUACAAGAGAGGACGACCGAGAUGGACCAACGAACCGCUGCCUCGUCUUCGACUCCCGACAGCACGGAGCCAACGACUGUUGUUACAAAAGACAGCGACAGUGAUAGCGGGAGCAGUGAUACUGAUGUCACCUCUGAGUUUUCACUGAAACUGGAAGAUGCCGACGACCUUCACCAAACAAGCCAGAGAGACAAGGCUUUGGAGCUGGCAACGACACAGUCAAGUGCUACGGACGAAUUGCUGGAAACGUCUUCUGAAUCAGCGGGCAACUCGGCCUAUACCUCCUGGAGCGAAGGGUCCACCGAAUUAUCUAAUGAGAUGGAGGACGAUGAGCAAUGGAAUGACUGGGAUCAAGAGCACUUGGAUCCGGAGGAGCUUGACAUUGAGGAGCGAGGAAGCUUCCUUGGAAGUUUCAGCGACGAUGGCAGCGAUUCAGAGAAGAAUAGCCGUGCUCUAGCGCUAGAUGCUGAAGUCAAAAGUGAACUCUCAGAAUCUGAUGCUGAGAGUGAUGCACUGAAGAAUCGGGAUGACCUUUUACCAUCGGACAGUGACUCAUACGCCGAGUCGAGUGUUGAAUCUGCGUCGACAUACAGUUUCUCUGAUGACGAGGGAGUCGCCUCAGAAAACGAGUAUGGAGUUCAACUUGAGAACCUGAUGACUGGCAAGACGACAAAGACCGAGGGGACUCGCCGCACCAGCAUCCGUGUUUACGAUUUCACCAGAAAGGAGCAGAUCCCUGUCUUUCACUUCACCUGCUUUAUCAAGGAUAAUCUGUUUGACUCGCCGCCGGUAUUCCAUCCAUCCGAGCCCCUCAUGGUCUGGCCACUGGGUGACGGAGAGGUUCUGUUUGCCAACUACCAGAAAAACACCUAUUUCACCCGGGAGCUGUGUCGAUCGGGAUAUCGAAGCUGCCACAUUUUCAUCAAGGCCCAUUUCUCGCGUGACGGACGGCACCUCCACUUUGCAGCCUUGGAGGCUCGCGAGGCUGCUAAACAGGAUGACGAACCCGCAUCGAUGCUGCUCAGCCUUCAGGUAUCUACCCAUCGACUGUCGGCGCGCAAGACAGCCAGCAGCCCGCCUCGACUGGUCUUCCGCACGACUAUCGAACUCGGCAGUACCUCCAAAUUCCUCGUAUCAAAUAUGCCAUACUUUCUAACCUGGACUAACACCCACCUCUUCUUUACUCGCCGCGAUGAGAAACUCGACGUCCUCCGGAUACCUCUUUUCCGCUCCACUGACAACCCCGGCAGCCUCGAUAUCUGCCGCCUCCAGGAACCAGUAUUCCUGCCCAGAUCGAUCGAAGCACGGGAUAUGUACUUUUUCCCGGCACAGGAAAGCUCUUCGAAGAGUCCAAAGAAGAAAGAUGCCAAGUCGGCUACGUUGAUUCUCGGGUCACAUUCUUGUCUUCCGAGUCAGGGCGUGCUUGUGCCUCGACACAUGUGCUAUCCUCCCAUGGGAGUCUUUCUUCGCGAGGAAAAGGAUUUGAUCUGGACGUGCAAGAGCAACUCUGAUGAGACGCAGCGGGUCAAUAAUACUUGUGGUCGGCUGAGAGGGAAGUUUGAGUCGUUCGAUCAGAAUGAGGAUUGUGAUAUUAUUCCCUAUCUUUUCUAAGGUUGACAUGGUCUAGUUAAUUAAAUACAAUCUAUACUUAUUAUCUUGAUGA